UCGUGAUCCAUUUCAGAUAAUUGAUCUGGCCGUGCGGCCCGUGUUCUGUUUACAUCUUGAUCUGGAUUUACCCUAAUCUGAGUGAUUCGGAUCACAAUCUGGGUGAUCUGGGUCCGGAGGUUGGCAAUAGACGACACUUGAUGAAGCUGCUGCUGGUGGCCAUAUUAGCGGCUAAGUACCCUCUACUGGGGACUUAUUUAGGGGAAUACACAGCAAGAAAACGGCUGAUCCUCAAAGUGAAUGACAAUGGAAGUUGCCGGUACUUUGAGGGCGGCGACAGUCCCGUAUGUGUGUGUGACGUCGCCAGCUGCCCGCCCCUCCACCCCGCCUCCCUCACCCCGCCCUCUGCUGGCCAUGUCGUCACCUACACCUCUUCCAGGGGCGGCCUCAGGUUCCAGGAGCAAGUGGUGGCUGUCCAUGGGCCUGAGAGUGAAGGCGGGCUGAAUGAUAGCAGUAUGAACAGGGCGGUGGUGGAGGUGGCCUGUCUCUCCCCACGUCAGGUCAUGAAUGGGUUCGGCGGUUCCUUCACCGACUCUGCGACCAUCACCAUGAACUCUCUUUCUCCCCCUGUCCUCGAUGCACUGCUCCGGUCGUACUUUUCUCCUGAGGGUCUCGAGUACGAGCUGGUCCGCGUGCCUAUUGGCGGCUCAGACUUCUCAGUAAGACCCUACACGUACGACGACGACCACGAAGGAGAUGUGGAACUGAACCACUUCCAACUUGCUGGAGAGGAUCUGGUUUAUAAACUGCCAUUCAUCCACCGUGCACUGGACCUGGCGCAGCGCCCACUCAAGGUCAUGGCCUCACCUUGGUCGGCUCCUGGGUGGAUGAAAACAAACGGGAAGAUUAACGAGACGGGACAACUGCUGACAGAGAUGCGGCGCCCCUGGGCAGACUACCUUGUGCGAUUUGUAAAGGAAUACGAGAAGGCGGGAGUUCCCAUCUGGGGCUUGACUUCCCAGAACCAUGGCUUUACACAUGAAAAAACCUCCUGGAACUCCAUGUCCUGGAAUCCGAGUGACAUGAGGGACUGGAUCAAGGACAGCCUCGGUCCCGCCCUCCAUGCUGCAGGUUUGGAACGAGUGAAGCUGUACAUUGGUGACGACGUGAGAGAUAAUGUUGAUAACUCCUACAGGCAGGUGUGUGUGUGUGUGUGUGUGUGUGUGUGUAUUCUCCAGGACCCUGAAGCAGCGAGAUACGUGACGGGAUUGGCUUUUCACUGGUACCACGACCAAUCAGUGAGCCCCGAUGUGCUAGACCACGCUCACCUACUCUUCCCAGAUAAAGACUUGCUCUAUACCGAGGCUUGCAUUGAAUCUGGCGGUGUUGCCUCCCAUCAACCAGUUGUUCUCGGGUCCUGGACCAGAGCGGAGAGGUACGCCCAAAACAUCAUAGAGGACGUAAACCACUUUGCGUCAGGCUGGAUUGACUGGAAUCUGGCGCUAGAUCCUGCCGGGGGGCCUAACUGGGCUGGCAACGAGGUGGACGCUCCCAUCAUCAUUAACCCGGUGAAUAUUUGUCGACACAUAUUUGCCAAUAAACUAAUGACUUUCUCUUGCCUCUUAGAAUCUGGCGGUGUUGCCUCCCAUCAACCAGUUGUUCUCGGGUCCUGGACCAGAGCGGAGAGGUACGCCCAAAACAUCAUAGAGGACGUAAACCACUUUGCGUCAGGCUGGAUUGACUGGAAUCUGGCGCUAGAUCCUGCCGGGGGGCCUAACUGGGCUGGCAACGAGGUGGACGCUCCCAUCAUCAUUAACCCGGAAAAAGACGAGUUCUACAAGCAGCCAAUAUUCUACGUGAUGGGCCACUUUAGUAAGUUCGUGCCCGCGGGGAGCGUGUCUAUUCCUUCCUGGGUCCGGGGAAACACUGCUGGUCUGUUCCACACCGCCGCUUUCGUACAUCCAGACGGUUAUGUUGUACUUCAGCUCCUUAACAAGAAUGACACAGAGACGGAGGUGAGAGUGGAGUGGGAAGGAGGAGAUUUCACCCUCUCCCUCGUCCCUCCUCGCUCUUUCCAGACUCUUCUUCUGCCCUGGGAAGGCGACACCACCCACGCCAAGAGAAAGUACUCCUUGCAAAGCCAUCUUUUAAAUAAAUACUUGACAGAGUAAAUUCUUGUUACUUUCAGUAAGGGUUAUAGAAAAUGUGCAUUGUAAUUUUUUGUAAACUCUGGAACUCC